AUGUCUUUCCGUGGAGGACGAGGAGGUGGAUUUGACCGCGGAGGUCGCGGCGGCGGCGGUGGCUUCAGAGGAGGAGCAAGAGGCGGUCGCGGUGGUUUCCAACAAUCGUACGGACCGCCAGACCAAGUCUACGGUAUGCCUCGACAGCACAGAUCGAGCUCGAAAAGCCCCAGGGCUCUCCUUGUACGUACUAACAUGACUUCCGCUACAGAGAUGGGCACCUUCAUGCACGCCACCGAAGGCGAAAUGGUCUGCGAAUCCAUCAACCCGAAAAUCCCCUACUUCAACGCGCCCAUCUACCUCGAGAACAAGACGCCCAUUGGCAAAGUCGACGAGAUCCUCGGUCCCCUGAAUCAGGUCUUCUUCACCAUCAAGCCGCAAGAGGGCAUCCAGGCGACGAGUUUCAAGAACGGAGAUAAAUUCUACAUCGGAGGGGAUAAGUUGUUGCCUCUGGAGAAAUUCUUGCCGAAGCCGAAGCCUCCGCCAGGCGCGCCCAAGGUGAAGAAGCCGAGAGGCGCGGGUGGUAUGGGACGUGGAGGAAGAGGUGCGCCGCGAGGUGGUAGAGGUGCGCCGAGAGGCCGGGGUGGACCGCCCGGGCGUGGUGGAUCGAGGGGUUUCGGCGGUGGACGCGGAGGUGGUGGAUUCAGCAGGGGGUCUGGUAGUGGUGGAUUCAGUAGAGGUGCGCCGAGAGGAAGAGGCAGAGGGUAUUAG